GUCAUCUGGCAACGACGUAGACAGCCAUUGAAUAAGUGUUAAUUUUGAGAAAUAACCAAAAAUAGGCAAAAAUAUUCAUUCGCUAGGUAUCCCAAGGAAGUAACGACAUGUUGCCCCAUUUGAGCGCCGACGAGGGACAGCCGUCCAUGACGCGGAAGGUGUACAUCAAUCCCAAUUUCCAUCUGCAAGGUCAAACUGCGCAUCAGCUGCCCUUUCAAGUGCCCUUCCAGGCGCCACCUCAGCCACAGCCCGCGAUCCACAUCAAUCCGCACUUCUUGCAGCGCCAGCAGGCCAUGUACGAGCAGUUCCAGCGGCAGCAGCAGGAACAGCUCCUGCUGCAACAGGUUUCCGCCUCCAAUUACCUACAGAAUCCUCCCUUGCCUGUGGCUCCUCCCCUUGCCACUCCCCCUCCCCCGCCCGCCAAGAUCAUCAGCAAGGCGAGCACGUGUCUGGUGCGUAAGGCUCCAGUGAAGGCCAAAGCUGCUCCGGUGAGGCCAACUCCUCCGCCGGCAGUGUCCACCCGUGUGCAGCCUCCAUUGGUAAGCAUAUCCAAGCGAAAGAUUGUGCGCCAAGGAGCUGUGAAGUCCACGACAGCGGCUUCUGCCCCACAUCCUCCUCCACCUCAGCCGCCUGCCAAACGCACGAGGUACAAACUAGUGCGCUCCAUAUCGCUCACCUGUACGCCACUCGUCAAGAAGCGUCGUUCUCUGAAAGAGUUUGUGGGCCAGUACGCCCUGAGACGCACCAAUGAAGCAGAGUUCAGCAAGAAAUUGAGCUCCAAGCCACAGGUGCUGAGGCUGGGCGUCAACAAGUCCCUCAGCAUGGUCAGCAUACACGGCGUGAUGUACAAGAAGAUAUCGAAGAACAAAAUAACCAAGCUGGACGCUAGUUCGGCAAGGGUAACGAAGGCCGCGAGCCCUAGGACCCUGAAGCGUUCCCUUUCCGGCAGAACACUAUUCGUCAGCGGCAAUAAGUUUAUCCUAGAUCCCUCGGGCUGCCGUCUCACCAGAGUUCCUCCCGCAGCAACUGCUGCUGCGGCUCCCCAGAUAAGCGUGAACCGUAGCAUCCUGCGACGCAUCGACAUCGGCGGUCUUACCUAUGUGGCUUCACCCAAGACUCAGAAUGUCUUCAUACGCACCACUAAUCACGUGUCGCGGGCCCACCUGAUCACUGCCAGGCAGAGAAGUCUGACGCUGCUCAACAAGUCGUUGGUGAAGACUAAUGUGCCUUGUGCCAUCUUCCAGAAACUGGGCAAGUGCGCCGCCCAUAGUCGCGGCAAGUGUCGCAAGCUGCACGACAAGCGGCAGGUCGCCAUCUGUGUCAGCUUUCUGCGUGGCGAAUGCACCAAGCCCGACUGCCUGCUGUCUCAUAACGUGACCCUGGAGAAGAUGCCCGUCUGUCGGUACUAUUUGCGCGGCGUUUGCGUCCGAGAGGACUGCCCCUACCUGCACAAGAAGCUCAGCCGCAAGGCCGAGAUCUGCAUUGACUUUGUGCGCGGCUACUGUCCGCUGGCUGCCGAGUGCAACAAGCGUCAUGAGUUCGCAUGCCCGGAAUUGGAGCGCAAGGGCAAGUGCGAGUUGUCCAAUUGUGUGUUCUGCAAGAAGCAGCCAUCGAAGAGGUUGGUCAUAUCGCGGCCGAAAGCGGCCAGUAAACCUCGAGGCAUCCCGGAGACACCGAAGGAGCCUGCCAAGGAGGAUGAUUUGCCCACCAGUUCACGGUAUUUUGGGUGCCAUAAAGAACCGACAGAAGUAAUAUUGCCAAAAGAUGACGUGAGGAAGGAAGAGAUCGAAGUGGAGAAAGAGGACCCAGCGGAGACGGGAGCCACUCGACUUGGCCGACGACCACAGCUGGGCACCCUGCCCUCUUUUAUUCCCCUGGGCGGCGAAGAGGAAUUGUAAAGCAAUGUGAGACGACUUGGACCCAACGUUUCAGGUACAAAUUAAUUUGGUUAAGUAUCAUAUUAGCGUUAUUCUAAGAUAAACUUUUAGUAGCUUACGUUCAAUAUUAAAUAAAAAAUAAAAACCAAUAUACU